GGCAGCUUUUGCACCACCCCCUCCAUUUCCCCACAGUCAACAGGAAGACUGGAGGCCAACAAGAGCAGCUACACUCUGCAGGAGAGGAAGGACGUUGAGGUCCAGCUGUACAGUCAGAACAAAGGAAAACAAUUAAGGCAAAGGAAUGAGCAAGAAUCAGAAAGAAGUAAAGAAAAUCCAGUCAGUUUAUCUGCAGAACUUGGAAAAACUAAACCAGGGGAUAAAGCCUGACAAGAAAAGUUGGAUGCCAAAGGAAGGAGACUUUGCUGUGCAAACAGCGAUGGAAAAGCUGCGACAGCCUCCCAUAGGUGGCCAAGUGACCAAAAGCUCAGCUCACAGAAUCAGCAGAGACCUGACCUGUUCCAUCUGCUUGGAUCUUUUCAAGCAGCCGGUGUCCUUGCCCUGCGACCAUACCUUCUGCCAGGGGUGCAUUGAGGGCUACUGGACCGGUCCCCGGGGCCCUGGGCAGGGGGGCACCGGCUCCUGCCCUCAGUGCAGGAAGGUGUACCCCGGACAGAGCUACAGGCCCAACCGCAUUGUUGCCAACAUAGUGGAGAGCUACUGUCAGGGUCUGGAGGAGAGUGGGACUGGAGCCCGCCUGGCAGAUGUUGGGGUGGCAGAGAGGGCUCCUGCUCCGGCCCCCCACUGCAGCAGACACAGAGAGGAGCUGAAGCUGUACUGUGAGGAGGACCAGGAGCUGGUGUGUCUGGUGUGUGGUGUCUCCCAGGAGCACAGAAAUCAUACCAUGGUGUGUGUGCAGGAGGCUGAACAGAAGUACAGGGCGUCUCUGAACAGCUCAAUGGAUUCCCUCAAAGCUGAGCUCAACACAGCGCUGCAGUGUGACAGAGAAGCUGAAGACGAGGUUAAAAACCUUAAGGAGCACACCGCCGACCUCAAGCAGCGCAUUGAGGCCCAGUUCAGCGACCUGCACCAGUUCCUGUACCAGGAGGAAAAGCUGCUGCAGGUGAAGCUGAAGACGGAGGAGCGGAGAGAGCUGAUCCGCCUGGACGAGCACAAGGCCCUGCUGUGUGUGGAGAUCUCCCGUCUGCAGAGAGCUGUCCACGAGAUAGAGGACAAGCUGAAAGAGCAGGACCCCUUCACUCUGCUGCGAAGCAUCAAAGUCCUGCUCCAGAGGCCAUCGCUGAAGUUUGAGAAACCUGCGUUUACACCGCCUAGUCUGUGUGAGGGCCGGUUUGCAGGACCCUUGCAGUACAGAGUGUGGAAAUCCAUGAAAGGAAGCAUUUACCCAGUUCCAGCAGCCAUCACAUUUAACUCCAGCACAGCCAACCCUUGGCUCAGCCUGACCUCCUCCCUCACCUGUGUUCGCUACCAGACCUUUAACCACACAGUGCAGGACAACCCCUACAGGUUUAACGCUGCCCUGUCACUGCUCGGAAGCCAGGGCUUCACCCACGGACGCCACUACUGGGAGAUUGAAGUCUACAGCAGCACAGUCUGGACUGUGGGGGUAGCUCGGGAGUCGGUGCCCAGAAAGGGCGUCAUCAAAGCUCUCCCAGCCAACGGCUUCUGGACUCUCUCCCUCUCUUAUGGGAUACAGUACAUGGCUGGCACCUCCCCUCCAACUGUCCUGUCCCUGGAGGAGCCACUGGCUAGGAUCGGAGUGUACCUGGACUACAAGAGGGGCCUGGUGUCCUUUUAUAAUGCAGAGAGCAUGACACAUCUCUACACCUUCAGGGAGACCUUCAUCGAGACGCUGUACCCUUACUUCAACCUGGGCUUCCUGGAUAAAGUGCAUGAAAAUGAGCCUCUCAAAGUUUUCUUGCCAAAGAUUUAAAAAACUAGGAAAAAUGGUUAAAAAAAAAAGGG